UUAUCCACUUAACCCCCUUUUCUCCAGACACAAAACCCCGCGGCUUUGCUCGCUCCAACCCGAUGACUGAACGGGAAAAAAUGCGAGACGAGAAGCAACACCCUUCAUUCCGCAGCCCUGGUGUGAUCCGAAACUUAUCUGGUCACUUCAGCGGUGAGCGAAAAUAACGAGUGGCUAAAAAUUAAAAUAAAGGGGAAGAGUGAAAACCAAUUCGGCUUUCAAACCACACACCAGAACUGCCCCGACCCCGAACUUCGCUCCGCCAGCGCUGGGACAGCCCCAGGUCCUCCUCUUUUCUCGUCCCGCCCGUUCCGCACCACUAUAAAAGUGCAGAAUGGCUUUCUCCACCCAUUUUUCUGCACGCUGGUGGGGCAGGCGGUUGUGUUAGAGCCGUGCCCGGGUCUGGCCCGUGCUGUGCCCGCUCGGUGCCCGCUCCGUGCCCGCUCCGUCCCGCUCCGUGCCGCUCCGUCCCGCUCCGUCCCGCUCCGCUGAAGAUGCGCCGGUGCCGCCGGCGCUGCCUCCCUGUGCUGCUGCUGCUCACGGCGGCUGUUUUAGGAGCCAGUGCUGUCACCCUGACGAGGAGGGACAGCUUGGAUCACUUGGAUCGAGGCUGGGGAGGGGAAGAUGGUUUCUACAGGAAAAGCGAUGGUGUCUAUUGCCAGAAGUGCCCUGCAGGCACCUUCAUUGCAGAGGAGUGUGAGGAGCAGAACAGCUCUGGCCGGUGUGAGCCCUGCAGAGACGGGGAGUACAUGGAAUAUCCCAACGCCCUGCGCUGGUGCCAGGACUGCUCCGAGUGCAGGGAAGACCAGGUGCAGCAGAGUCCCUGCCAGCCCGUCAGGAACACGCUGUGCGUCUGCAAGAACGGCACCUUCUGCCCCCCGGACCACCCCUGCGAGAUGUGCCAGAAGUGCCGGCAAAGGUGUCCUGAGGGUCAGGUGGAGCUGAAACGCUGCACCCCCGACAGUGACCUGCUGUGUGGCCCUGACACGGCCCCCUGGCCCUACGCCGCCAAGAUCGGCGCCAUCAGUGCCGUGAUCGCUGUGAUAGUGGCUUGGCCCCUGCUUUUGUUCUGCUUGAAACACCACUGCAGCUCCCCAGGGGAUGGGAGACCCUCGAGCAGGAGGCCCUGUCAAAUAGUGAGCUCCAUGUUUGGGAAGCUGCUGUUGUGCAAGACGGUGAACGUGAGGCCAGAGGACACCUCGCCCGCAGGGAGGCUGCAGCCUUACGUGCCAGGAGUGCCAGGAGUGCCAGGAGCGCCGGAGAUGCUGCCAAAUGAGGAAUCCAUGACCCCUCUGGUUCCAGCAGCAGGGCAGGAAGCCAGUGAAGCGCUGCGGAAAACCUUUUACAUCUUCGCUGAGAAGACCCCCAUGAGUGAGUGGAUGAGAUUCGGGCACAGCCUGAACCUGGGGGACAAUGACAUCAACAUGGCCACGUCCUGCGAUGGCUUCUACGAUGGUUUCUACGGCAUGCUGUGCAAGUGGCUGAACAGGGAGGGCUCCAGAGCCUCCAUCAACACGCUGCUGGACACCCUGGUCCGCCUCAACCUCCGCGGGGUGGCAGAGGACAUCUCCUUCAAGCUGGUCAAGGAUGGACUUUUCCAGUACGAAACGAGCUGAAGGCGUCAGGGCCACGCUGCAACUCCCUCCUUGGAGCUACAGCUGUGAAAUACCUCACGGAAUAUUCAGAUUUUAGCUGUGUGUAGCGCUCCUGUGGCUGCUCAGGGGCUGAUCCUCAUGGGAUGUGUGAGCCUCGAGGGCCUCUCUGCUGCAGCUCCCAUGUUGGUGCUUUCUCGUGGAAUCCCAGCGGGUUUAUUGAUUUCACUGGCUGGACACCAAGAGUUUCAAACAAUUUCAAUCUGCUUCCUCACUUGGAAGCGCUGGUACUACCCAGACUGCUUUGGGAUCGGUGCAGAGAAGGGCUUUUGGCAUCCCUGUGCUUUUGAACGGAUCAUCCUUGGUUCUCAAAGGAUUCCUGGCGUCGUGAAAUGGCUUCUGCUUUUAGAACGUCUCUAAGUCAGCUUCAUUCUGCAUGCUUGGUGGUUCUGCGAGCUCAGCUGGGGUCUUGGGGUACUUUUUGUGUACUGAAUUUGUAUUUUAUUUUGUUUCCAAUGGUUCUGCUUGUUCUUAGGAGGCAGUUUAAAACUUGACUUGGAGGGGAGAGGAGCAAUGAUUGACUUGCACUGGAACACUGGGGUUGCCUGGGGAAAGGGACAAGGCAGGGGUCACCCAGCCCAGGACCAGGGACAUCUUCCACUCCACCAGGCUGCCCCAAACCCCAUCCAGCCUGACCUUGAAUGUUUGCCAGGGUGAGGCAGCUUAUCUGGGCAGCCUUUCUGACAGUGUUUACCGACCCUCAAUGUGAAAUAUUUAUUCCUAAUGUGAUCUGCGUUCGGUUUAAAACCAUUCCCGUGUCCUGGCACUCCAGGCUCUUUUGCAGAAGGGCCUCUCCACCUCUCCUGGAGCCCCUUUAGGUACUGGAAGGGGCUUGGAGGUGUCCCAGAGCCUUCUCUUCUCCAGGCUGGACCAUCUCAGCUCUCCCAGCCUGGCUCCAGAGGGGUUCCAGCCCUCAGAGCAGCCCCUGGAUUUGCUCAAACACCUCCAACAUCCUUGUGGAAGCCCCAGAGCUGCAGGUGGAGUCUCCCCAGAGCUGAGGAGAAGGGAAAAAAUCCCCUUGUGGGGCCCAGCUCAGCCCCGUGGCCGUGGGGUGGCCCUGCUGUCCCCGCGUGCCCCAGCGUGGAGGGGUGAAUGCACUAAGUGUGAGUGUGACCGUGGUACCCCCUGCCCAUCCCGGCCCAGGGGCAGCUCCCCACACACUGCACCUCACACUGUCCCUCGCCAGGGACAACCCAGCUGCAAAAACAGCUGGGAAAACCACUGGAGUACUUGAGUCGCCCCCCAGUCCGUCCCCAGAGGGGUGGGAGGGUGCUCAGCAUCCUUCUGCUGCUCUCCCUCUCCCCCACCCUCCAACACUGCGUCCACAAGCAGAAAUUUUUUUACUUAUUUAUUUAGCAACUGUAAAUAUUACAUAUAUUAACUUAAAAGCUAUAUAAAAAUAGUUAUAUUCUUAUGCAUGGUUCUGUGUUUUUUACAGAGCUCUGGCCCAGCCAGUUUGCUAUUUUCCAGGUUUUUUUACAUUUCUCUGUUUAUGAAGGGUUAACUUUAAAAAAAAAAAAAUAAAUCCU